AUGGCACUUCCGCUUCCGUGCGGAAGUAUACGGUGCGUUUUGAGCUUCAGCCGAGAUCUUAAGUGUUUGUUUAUAAUUGUUUGUUUAUACACAGUGAAGAAAGUGUCGACCGUGGACAGCGUCGAUAUAGCAACUGCUAUAAAUGACGUGGUGCUUCACAACGACCCUGGGUUGAGUUGUUGUGUAUUUACUGGCCGCAGGAAUAGCUUUGAACCCGUGGAUGGAAGUGGAGAGGACCCUGGUUAUGGGUCCAGAAAGAGUGUUUCCGAGCUCGGAGGAGGAUCUGGGACAGGAGCGACUGGGGGAGGAAUGGAGCGGUGAGGACGGUGAGGAAGAGGACGGGGCACCUGGUGAGGAAGAGCACAACAGCGCAGGUUAUUAUUAUCAACCACUGAACCAGGAGCCUGAUGGUGUCUCCAACACACCGCUGGAUCAAAACGACACGACGCCACACGCCGAUCAGUUGCAGGAGGUGCAGGACAGAAUAGAGGCCAUGGGCUUGUUCCUGCCUCAGCCACCAGCUCCAGACAGCGAUGAGGAGGAGGAUCUAGAAGCUGCUGCUGCACAACACAGCCAUGCGUCUAUUCCUAUGGAUCCUGAUCAUGUUGAGCUCGUUAAAAGGACCAUGGCAGCAGUGAACUUGCCAUCUCUGGGGAUCCCAGCUUGGGCUCGUGAGAUUUCAGAUGACCAGUGGAAGGACAUGGUGCAGCAGACUCUCCAAACCCGGCAGAGCUCAGGAGGCCUCUUACUGCAACGCAAAUGAAAUGAUCUAAAAGUCUUUAUCCUGUUCUCCUUGCAGCCCAUGUUUGCAUCCCCAAUAAAGCAUCAAAAGAG